AUGAGUUUUUGCCCAGAACAUUAAUAGAAAGUAGUUUUUUAUGGUUCAGCAUUUAGUGAAUUAAAAAAUAGAAAGCUGUGUUAGAAAUGUAUUGUAAACAUGAAUAAGAAUUUAAUGCUCAUAGAAGACUUAGAAAAGCAAUUUUCUUUAGUCAAAUUGUAAUUCAUGAGGGAAAUUUAAACGAAGAGAAAUAAGAACUUAGAAGUCUUACACUCUAUCAAGAUCUACCUUCAAAAAUAAAGAAAUUAAAUUUCAGAUGUAAUGAACAUUGCAAUAACAUAUAUCGAUACUUAAGUUGAAUUAAUAAAGAAAGUUAAAGAGGAAUCUCAAGAAACCUUAUAAAUUAGUAAUAAUGAGGAUUUUUAAACCUUUUCCAAAUUGAUAUGUUAAGAAACCUCCAUAUAUAAAAAUAUAUAGGUUUCAUUGCUAUAAUAUAUCAAAAAAGUUAAUUAUACAUAAUUGUAAAAUGAAUCUGAAAAAAUACUCAAUUAGAUAAACAUUGAUGAAUAAAAAUUUUAGGAAAAUGCGUUUAAAGAUUUAUAUAUGAAGUAUAAUUUUAAUAAUGAGUCUGAUAUUAAUAAUUAAUGGAUAUGCGAGGAACAUAAAGAUAAGAUUUACUAUGUAGAUUUAAAUUAAUCUAAUGUAGUUCCAUCUAGAGUAGCAUGUAUGAAAUGUGUGCCAUAAUAUUUUACAUAAUAUACUACACUUGAUACUUUGAAAAAGCUUUGGGAAAAUCGAUCUCUGGAAAUUUAAAGUUCAAUAAACAAAAAUGAUAAAUUCAUUAAUAAAUAGAUUGGAAAAGCAAUAGAAAGCUUGUUAUAAGUUAAAGAUUAAAUUUGUUAAUUAAUUGAUGGUUGUAUUGAAAAGAUUAAUUUAAUAAAAUAAAAUUAGAAUUGGAUUUUUAAAGAAAAUAGAUUUCUUCUAAAAAAGGAUUGGUAAUAUUUAGACAAGAAAGAUAUUAUAUCAAUUGCAAACAUUUUAAGCAAUUAAAAACCUGAAAAAACCUUAAUUAAAGAAAUAGAGAGUUAAUGCAUGUAGUAACUCCUAUUUAUCUAAGUUGAUGUUGAAAGUUCAUAUGAAAAAAUUUAAUCAAUAAUUAGAGAUUAAAAAUCUAUAUUUAGAGAAUAUUUUCACACUGAUGUAAAUUAGUAAAUUUUGUAACCGUCUGAAUAAUUGAUUAAAUCAGUAUAAAUUGAAGAUUCGAAAGAAAAGAACAAAUAACUAUAGGUUAUUAAAAUUUGCUUAAUUUUGAAUUACUUAAAGAAAAUUCUUAUAAAGAAGAAUAAAUUUAUGCAAUAGCUUUUAAUGAAGAGGUCACUACGAUGAUAGCAGGAAAGAGUAAGCUAAUAACAGUAUUUAAGUUUGAAAACGGGGAACUGACAUUUAUUUAAGGUUUAAAUUAACAUAAAGAUAAAGUGACAUGUCUUCAUUUCAUGAAAAAAUCAUCAACAUUUGUUUCUGGAGCUGGAGAUAAUGUAAUACUUAUUUGGGAGUUAAAUAAUGAGUAAACAUGGAAAUUACAAUAAUAACUUGAUGGCCAUUCAGGAGCUAUUUGCUGUUUGGUUUUAUCAAAAAAUGAAAAUUUAAUGAUCACAGGAGCGCAGAUAAGAAAAUAAUGAUUUGGAAAAAAUUCAUUAAAUUAAGCUGAAAAUUAGUUGAUUUCUUGUGCUAGACAAGAGAACAAGAUUAUUAUCAGUACUAAACAUAGUAAAGAUCUAUUGUUGUUAGAAGCAAGAUACAUUCAAACAACUUAAUGGGGAUUAACUUUAAGCUUCAUAAAUGAUUCACUCUUUACAUUUUACCCUUAUAAUUAGAAAGUCCUAGAGCUGUAUUAAAGAAAAGAAGGAAGCGAAGAGUUUCUUAAAUCAAGCCAGAUUGAGCUAAAGAAAAAUAGCGAAAGCAUGAAAGUUUCUUCAUAGAUAUAUAUCAAAUCUAAAUCUGUUUUUGUCCAUUAAAAUGAAUCUUAAAUUUUCAUUUUUAGAAUAACAGAGGAUUUUGAAUUCAUAAUCAAAAGCUUUAUUGAAUUUCAAUCAGAUAGGAUAGUAGGAUGCAUUACUCCAGACUGA